AUGGAGGGGCCGGACUGCGGCGAGCCGCUGCCCCCCGACCUGAGGGAGCUGGAGAGCAAGGUGGGGCGGCGGCCCCCCGAGGGGCUGGUGCGCUGGCUGCGGGAGGACCCGGCCGCCGCGCUGCUCCGGGAGAGCCCGGCCCGGGGGCAGCGCCGGGGGCUGGCCGGGAAGAUCAAGGCGCUGAAGCUGGAACUGGCCUACCUGCGAGCCAUUGACGUCAAGAUCCUGCAGCAGCUGGUGGUGGUGAACGAGGGCAUCGAGGCCGUGAAGUGGCUCCUGGAGGAGAAGGGAACCCUGACCAGCCACUGCAGCAGCUUGGCCAGCAGCCAGUACAGCUUGGUGGAGAGCCAGGAGACCUCGCGCCGGGGCAGCUGGACCAGCCUGCAGGACCCCGCUGAGAAGCUGGACAGCAUCUCUGUCGGCAGCUACCUGGACACGCUGGCUGACGAGAUGGACGAGUACAGCCACGGUGCCAUGGAGCCCGUCCUGUCCUCCACGCCGGGCAGGCCGGGCAUCCCACCGGCCAGGCUGGAGCAGGACUGGUCCAGGAGCGACCCACACAGGGGGCUGCCCAGUAAGCCAGGCAGCCCGCAGGACAAACGCAAAGCGGACCAGGAGUGGCUCCGGAUGGACCAUUCCUCGGCCCGGCCUGCCCAGGAGCAGAGCACCAGGGACCCAGCCAGAGCAGCGAAGCAGCCCGCUGGCCCUCAGCAGCCCCAGGUGGCCAACGGCUUCUUGGGCAGACAGGCUCCUGCUCUGGAAGCCAGUAAAGAGGCCCAGGGGGAGAGGCUGAGCAGGGGCAGCCCGGCCCGGACGGCCUGGAGGAACGGCCAAGUCGACUUUGAGCCCUGCAAGCUCAACGGCAAACUCCACCUGGAGUACGACGCCCACUGGCGCUGGGUGCAGUCGCAGGACGACGUGACGUUCUUGUAGCCCCUGGAACCCGGCUCGCGAGGGGCUGCGUGGAAUCCCCCGCGCCCGCCCAGAUGAGCACUCGGCGUAUGGAGCGGGAGACCAAACUGGCUGCAUUGGGCUUCCUUGAAAUUCCCCGUGAGCUUCAGUGGGAACAGCCUGCGGAACGCUCCGCUUUGCAACGUCCCGUUUCCCUCGGGGUCGGCGUGGGACCUGUGCGAUGCCAGACAGUGGCGCUGCGCAGCAGGAAGCUGGGCUUCUCCUGAAUAGCGAGGCCUCGAAGAGAGGUGAUCACACUAGGGGGGUAACAGGAGGAGCAAGGCUGCACCUCCCAUAAAGGCACUUCAGGCUCACCCCCCUUUUAUUAGUGCAGAGGCUAGCGCAGGAUAGAGAGCACUUCUCCGCUGGGUCGAUCCUGCAGUCAGCCGUCACCCUGGGCUCCAGGAGGGGAGGGUAGUGGAGUGAUUAGAGCAUGGGUCUAUUCCUGGCUUAGCCCCGUAACUUUGCUGUGCCUCAGUUUACCCUUCUGCAAAAUGGGGCCGAUACGCUACCUGCCUCGCCAGAGUGGGUGUUUAUUGACGUGCCAGUAGUGCUGCACAGGAGGCAGAUGGAGACCCGGCCCGGGGAGCGCGGAGGCCCGACCGAACAGAGCCUGUUGGAGCGGGACACGUUAGCACUUGGGGCAUCGCCGCCUUUGCCACGGCCGGGGCUGGGAUGUCACGGGCUGGGCGUGACCUCACUGGAGGAUCGGGCCGGGACAGUAGAGAGUGGUUGUAGAGAGCGAGCCCCUUGUUUCACCAACGCACCCGGGUUGUUUCUAGAGCCUCUACGCUUUCCUUUUCUACGCCUGCUGCCCCACCCCGCUCCUAUCCUCACCCCCAAACCAGGUGCGGGGGCUGGGGUGGCCUACAGGGCCCCCAAAAGCCCCAGUUGCAGCCAGGUGGGGAUUGCCCCAGGAGCAGGCACUGUGGGGAACAAGCGUAGGGCUUCCCUCUGAGGACGCUGCUGCGAGCCUGGAGCAGGGGCAUGCUGGGAGUGGGGCUCAGAGUGGAGUUUUGGGGGUGGAUUGUAAGCAAUGCUGCAGGCCAUGGGGAGCUGGGGAGGCUGCUAUAACUCAGACAGGCCCCCAGGGCUGCCUAUGUUAUACGGGCCCUAGAUCAGCCCAGGAUACUAAUGCAGCCCGGCACAUUGGGCUGUAUUAGUAGGAGCGUUGCCAGCAGAUCGAGGGAAGUGAUUAUUCCCCUCUAUUGGGCACUGGUGGGGCCAUGUCUGGAGUAUUGUGUCCAGUUUUGGUCCCCCUGCUAC